AGUUCUGAACAAGUUGAUACUCAACUUCAAACUCUCUUCAAUUACAACAAAAAACUUUUUCUGCUGUAGUAGUGUGAAGAUAAGAAGUUAUGGCACUCCAGAUAUUGCAGUUAGGUACUACUGUUCAAGUUGUGCAAAGACAAACAGAUCCCUUAAUACAAUGCAUACUUGACAAUAAAGAAAACAAAUUGAAGCAACUUCUCAGAGGAAUUGGUGUUAAUAGAAAAUUUUCUUCUGCACUCCUGAAUGAUGAUGUGACCCUGCUGUCAGCAGCUGUUGCACUUGGGCAUGAAAAUAUUAUAAACUUUUUACUGAAACAACAUGCUGACCCUAAUAUAUCCUCAACAAAUGGACUAACAUCUCUACAUUAUGCUGCAUAUACAAAAGGAAUUUCACUUAAUAUUGUGAACAGAUUACUUGCUGCCAAGGCCGACCCAGAUGGUCAUCCACAACAAGUGCUUUCACCGUUGCAAUUUGCUGCCUGUAAUGACAGACUGGACAUUGUCAAAGCGCUAAUUGAAAGUGGUGCUUGUAUUGAAUUGAAUUACGGUAAAAACAAAGAUGUUGACAGUAAGGUGAAGAAUAUUAUACUCCAGUUACCUUCAGAAAAUCAAAAAAUGGAGACAUGCAAAAUGUUUUUCAAUUUUGCUGUAGCAGUUCGCAGAAAAUCACAACUAGAAGUUUUCAACCUUUUUAGCGAAAAUUUUUUAGAUGAGCAUCCAUUCACCCAUCUUGUACUCUUUGAGCAAUAUUUUACUGUCCAGGGUCCUUUAGCAGAACAAUAUCGAGAAAUUAGCAUCAAGUGGUUAAAAGAAUCCACAAACAGAGAUCUAUACAUUGAAGGAUUCAUUAAACGCUUUCACAGGAUUCCUCAGAAGCACUGGAUAAGUGCACUAAACAGUUUUCAUGCUGUUAUACGCAUGGUGAGGGAAGUAUCUUCCCAGCUUUUUAAUGAGAUUGUACCAAUUUUCACAAAAUGUGUACAGCCCACUGGCAGCACUCAGGGAGAUCUUUUCAAUCCUCUAACACUUAGAAUUCUCUGUGUGGUCAUGGACAAGUCCUCAAAGAAAAAACCCAGUGCUGAUGGUCUCGACAAUUCCAUUCUGAGGAAACUAUGCAUUAGUCUUAAGCAUCUCACCAAACCUCAAUGUUCACAAGAAAUAAGCAUUCUUACUUACUGUUUGUUUGCUUCUCUUUAUGAGUUGAUCCCAGAAUAUAUUCAUUCAUGUGGAUUAGAUUUGGUGCCUGAUAAGGUACUACUUGCUGCAGAGAUUAUGACAGAGGAUGUUAUUAAGGAAAAACUGCAAACUCUGGACACAAAGCUUAGACGCCCUAAAGACUUAAGGACUUUAGACAGUUCAACUGAUGGAAUACACUGCCAAUCAUCAAAGAGUAAAAAAAAGAAGAAAAAGAAGAAGAAAAAAGAUGACCAAGAGGAACUUUCUUCAAAUAAUAAUGAUGAACGAGAAUCAAAAGAGAAAGUUGACCCAUGUACCUUCAAAACGUCAGUUGAGGAAUCAAAUUCGAUUGUGCAACCAUUUGAACUACAUACAGAGAAAGCAAUGCCAAGAAAAUGGCACUCAGUCAGCCAACGCUGGAAGCCCAAGUUGGAGAAACUUGCUAACUUAGAAGAAAGUAAUAUCUACAGAUUGAGAAGUCUGACAAUUGCGGUUGGCCCUGAAUUCAAAAUAGCUAAAGGAAGUGAUGGGACAGAGGUUUAUCUUGGUUUGCGAGAUGAUGGCACAGAGGUGGCUGUUAAAAGAAUGCUAAAGUCCAAUUAUCAAGAUCUUAAAAAUGAGGAGGCGUUUUUACGGCUUCCACAGCUUGACGACCCUUGUAUUGUGAGAUAUGUGGACUUUGUGGAGGAUGACAACUUUGGAUAUCUUGUCCUUCAACUUUGUGAAUACACACUGGAGGAAUACAUCCAACACCAUCUGCCAAGGGACCAUUCUCAGCAGCUGGAUGUUCUGAGGAAAAUUAUAAAAGAAGUUCUUUAUAGUCUUAAAGUUCUUCAUGACCCAAAAAUCAAAGUGUUGCAUCGGGACAUUAAACCCCAAAAUGUUCUCAUUGAUAUAACUGGUAAGGCAAGAUUAGCUGAUUUUGGCAUUAGUCGGAGAUUGAGUUUGGAGCAGACAACUUUGCGCACUGGCCCUGCUGGAACAAAGUGCUGGAAAGCUAGAGAGACUCUUGAAGAAGAGAGUAACAGUGGCUACAAGAGAAGUUCUGACAUUCAGGUAGCAGGUAUGUUAGUAUAUUAUAUCCUUUCUCGGGGACACCAUCCAUUUGGCAAAGGUUUAAUAUGUGAGUUAAACAUUUUUAAUGGAAAGUACUCUCUGGAACAUGUGGAGGAUGAGGUAGCAAAUGACCUAGUGGAGUGGAUGAUUAACCAUGAUCCAAGAGACAGACCUAAAGUUGAGGACACCCUGGUUCACCCAUUCUUUUGGACAGAUGAAAAGAAGGUGGAGUACUUAAGAAAGCUUGGAAACACAAAAGAGGUGGAAAACUGUCGUAAUGCUGAUAGUGAGCUUCUUCAAGCUGUGGAGAAUAUUACAGUGGGAAAAACGUUUUCUGACUGGAAGGCAAAACUACCCUCAGAAAUUGUUCAGAAAGUGGAUGACAAGAAAAAGCCUUACCCGAAUAACCUCUUAGGCUUGCUGAGGUUCAUACGAAUUCUGCAGGAGCAUUACUCUGAUUAUGCAGAGGAAGUAAACUUGAUGACCUUAUUCCCUGACCUUUUUCGAACUGUUUUCAAGUUCGCCAAAAAGAAAGGAUGGAACGCCAGGCCUGCUCUGAGGAAAUGGCUUUCCUCAUUAUCAGUGAUUCAAUAAUGCUGCAUAUUUAAAUGCAGAGUUCAAUGAAAGUAAUGAUGCAUUGUAUUAAGUUACUAUCAGACAUAGCACCAAAGAGCAUCAAAAAUGCAUACAGUUUACUUAUAGUAUGUUUAAAGAUUUAAUGAUUUAUAGUACUUACUGUAUACAUAUUACUGAAAUCCUAAUUAAGACUAAUUUUACAAUGAACUUUUGCAUUUUAUGUAUAUCACUAGCUUUUUGGUUAAAAUUUCUCUCUUUUGGUUAAAAUUUCUUCCCAGCUACACUGAACUCUUUGAUAUAAUUAAGCGUAAUACUAUUAAAAGUAUAGAAUAUAUUAAAAGUACAGAAUAAAGACAUUAAUAAAAACAUUUUUCUUAGAGUUAAAAGUUUUCAAACAGAAUAAUAGAAGGGGGGAUCAGAGGGUCGAGGUUUAGGAGUUUUGCUACUGUUUCGUUUUUUUCUCUCUGGGGACUCUGGACUUUUUUGUUUCUUAAGUUGUUUAUACAUUUUGCACGAUGACGUAUGACAGUUUACAGUCAUGUGAGGUUCAUUUGUACUGGUUAGACUAAAGACCAUAACAAGAGCUAGUAAUGUCAGUAAUCAACCAGAUGUCAUUGUUUAAUGCUGUCAGUUAAAUUCGCGCCCCACAGGUUGAAAAUCCCUACGUUAACGCAGUAACGUGCACUAGGCACAAGGUAUCGGAUGUUUAGUAUCGGAGCCUCGUUUGCGAGUACGAGUACGAGUUAAUGAGCGCGGUAUCGGGCUAAUACCCGAUACUAGUAUCGGUACUCAUGCAUCUCUACUUUAUUCAUUACAUUUUAAUUUUCUGUAGAGUCAGUGUCCUGUUUAGCAUGCUUUUACAUUGUCAUAAUGUGUUUGCCUGCAUUUAAUUUAUAUCUAGUUAUGUAUUUUAAAAAUGGAAUGUCAAACAUGAUCAUGCACUGUAUGUGCCAAAAUUAAUUCAUAAUGAAGCUGCAGGAAGGAUUGUAUUGACAAGUCUUAAAUAUUGCAGAUUGUAAAAACCAACUGUUCUGUUCUGAAUGUAUAAAACAACUAAAAUUCAUGGAUAUAAAUUGUAAUUUUUUUUUAUAGUUUUACAUUUAUUCUAAUAUGAUGUCUGACUUAUUUUAUGCUAUUUAUUUAUAUGCUUAUGUAUUGAACAUUAGGCUUACUUUGUGUUGAAAUCUGAUGUACAUUUUAAAUACAAGUGAAAUAUAAAAUAAUUGCUCAUUAUACUUGUAGUCUUUAUUAUAUUAAUUAUUCAUUCAUUGUCUGUUUUACCAACACUUUAUCCGAUUCAGGGUUGUGGUGGGUAUGAUUCACCUGUGAGGUGAAAGUGCUAGCCACAGAGCCCUAUAUUAGCAAUACACAUUUUUGCAGGCCUGAAAAUGAGCACUUCCGUUUAGAAGCCUUUUACCAUUUUUAUAAACAUGUUUUAAAAAUAUUCUAGGUUAACUGUUAGAUUAUGUGAUUGAUAUUGUUAUUUAG